GAAUCAGAUGACUCGGUCUCCGGAGCGGUAGGUGUCAGUGUGGCGGAGCGGCGGAUUCAGAGCCGCAGGAACUGAGCGAGUCCUGCUGAACUCUCAGCUGUUUGGCAGCGGGCUGGAGUUUACGGGCUGGCACAGAGCUGGCACAGGGCUGGCACAGGGCUGGCACCGAGCCGGCAGGACCAACGAUUCAGGAAUCAUCUCCUCCGAGCUUCAGAGAUGCACCAGAUCUCCGUGUCCAUCCCGUCGUUCCGCUCGGAGGACACCGCGGCGGAGCGCGGCUACACGGUGUUUAAGAUUGAGGUUCUGAUGAGUGGCAGGCAGCACAUGGUGGAGAAGCGCUACAGUGAAUUUCAUGCUCUGCAUAAAAUGCUUAAGAAGAUCAUCAAACCUCCUGAGAUUCCAUCAAAACACGUGAGGAACUGGGUCCCAAAAGUUCUGGAGCAGAGGAGGCAUGGCCUAGAGCUUUACCUACAGACUAUAAUCAUGGAAAACGAGAUCCUUCCAAAAAUAUUCCUGGAUUUCCUCAACAUCCGCCACUUCCCAUCGCUGCCAAAGACGGAGAGCUGCGGAUCGUUCGAGACUGAAUCAGAGGAAUCAAGUAAACUGACACAUCAGCCAGCGCUGCUCUUCCAGAGGGACCCCUAUCUGCUUCCUGCCACCAAUGACACAUUUUCAAACAUGGUCAUCGAGGGAGUGAUCCACGGAAUAUUCUACCCGGAUCUUCAGCCGAGGUAGACCCAGACUCGCUCCGGCGCCGGGAACAGCGCCCCCUGUUCAACGGACUAAAAGGGAUUUAUCAUUUCUACUACACUUCCUGUUACAUAUUUUACUAACACUACCUGAUCCUGAUCACACACUCCACACCUGUUCAGCACAUCUGCUUACUUCACUACCAGCUUCUGACAAAGGCCCUCGUCUGAAUAUUACUAAUAUUAGCAUAUCAGCACGUCAUCAUCAUCAGCACAGCAUCAUCAGCACAGCAUCAUCAGCACAGCAUCAUCAGCACAGCAUCAUCAGCGUGGCCACCUGUGAAGAAAACUGACACCGUGACCUCAUCAUAAACUGCAGAAGAUUGUGCUGUGAAGUUUUCCAGGCUCCGUCCUCCAGAUGAAGCAUUAAGAUCACGUAACUCUAAGGAUCUAACUUACAGGGGUUGGACAAUGAAACUGAAACAUCUGUCAUUUUAGCGUGGGAGGUUUCAUGGCUAAUUUAAAGCAGUCUGGUGGCCAAUCUUCAUUAAUUGCACAUUGCACCAGUAAGAGCAGAGUGUGAAGGUUCAAUUAGCAGGGUAAGAGCACAGUUCUGCUCAAAAUAUUGCAAUGCACACAACAUUAUGGGUGACGUAGCAGAGUUCAAAAGAGGACAAAUUGUUGGUGCACGUCUUGUUGGCGCAUCUGUGACCAAGACAGCAAGUCUUUGUGAUGCAUCAAGAGCCACUGUAUCCAGGGUAAUGUCAGCAUACCACCAAAAAGGACCAACCACAUCCAACAGGAUUAACUGUGGACGCUGUAAGAGGAAGCUGUCUGAAAGGGAUGUUCGGGUGCUAACCCGGAUUGUAUCCAAACGACAUAAAACAACAGCUGCCCAAAUCACGACAGAAUUCAAUGUGCACCUCAACUCUCCUGUUUCCACCAGAACUGUCCGUCACCACAAUAAAUUAUUGUGGUCUAAAACCAAGUGUUUCAGUUUCAUUGUCCGACCCCUGUAGCUUUCAUAGCUACCUUGUUUGGUAUGGCCGGUUCAUCCACAGUGUGAAAACCAAUUACAGUAAGUUGAGGCAGGCUAUCAUCACCCAUUAAACAACAACAGAAGAAGAAAAAGUAGAGGUGUUGCGCUGAAAUCUGUCUUUCCUUGUCACGCAUCAGCAGUAUUACAGAUUACAACAGAUUACAGUGCUGGUGAUUCUGUAUCUACUGUAACUGUAGAUUAAUUACAGAGCAGUAUGGGUACAACAGAUUACGGUGCUGGUGAUUCUGUAUCUACUGUAACUGUAGAUUAAUUACAGAGCAGUAUGGGUACAACAGAUUACAGUGCUGGUGAUUCUGUAUCUACUGUAACUGUACGCUCUUGCAUAUCACCAAGAGAAGACAGAUUUCAGCACAACACCCCUUUUUUUCCCUCUUUUAUUGUUGUUUAAAGGGUAAUGAUAGCCUGACUCAUCUUUCAAAACAAGAUAGGUGUAAAAGCGUCCUAAUAGCACAGAAACUGAGGGACUUUAGUGUUUUAGUUUAAUAAUAAGUGAAGUUCUGGCCUUUGCGGUGGGAGGUCUGAGAUAUUUUGAAUGAUUGAUUGAUUGAUUGUUUUAAUCGAUGGCGAGUGUACUGAUAAGGAGUGUUCACUGAGCCUUUAUCGUAAAAUCACUAGCAUUAAUUUAAUAGCAAAGGUUAGUUAAGUAUCAUUAUAACUUACCUCAACUUUAUAAACGUAAUAUAAUCAUCACCAAUCAUGAUGUUUAUGGAAAAAAGGGAAAACUAAUCAUUUAUUAGUGCAUUGUGUACAAAAAUAUGUGUAAAUGAUUUUCAGUUACUGCUGCUAGAAACUGUGAAAGGGAGACAUUUGUCUAAGUGUAUAUUGUGUAGGGCUGGCCUGAAAAGAGAAUUUAUGAAUUUUAUAUUCAAUAUGCAAAUGAUAUUAUAAUAUUAACACUAAUAAUUAAUAUUUAAACUUAAAUAUUUAAUUCUGAUCAACAGUGCAAUCAUAAUAAAUAAGUUUAUAAACUAGGGGGCAGCUAUGUAUUAAUAGUUUUUCCAGUGAUGGCGCGAAUGAACUGAAAUCAGCACCAAGCAUUUCAACUUAUUGUGCAAUAAAUAAAAUAAAAUAAAUUAUUUCUAUGAUUUAAAAUGAUAAUGAUUUAUGAUGCAUUAGAC